UGUCCAUGCUGCGGCCACAGCCAGAGCAGGGCUUCAGGACGGGCCACCUCCACUACCCUGCCCACUUUCUCAGCACCAACUCUGUCUUUGCCUCUGUCACAGCGUCCGUGAAGGAGCACCCGAGGGCCACCCUCUUGUCUGAUGGCAGCCCGGCCCUGUCCAGGAAUGUCGGCAUGACAGUCUCGCAAAAAGGGGGUCCACAGCCAGCACCCAGCCCAGUGGGAUCAGGGACAAGACUCGGACCAGUCACAGGAGAGAUGGAUGAAGCUGAUGCUGUAGUUUUUAAACUUAAGCAGGCUGAUGACUCCCUUUCACUUACACCCUCCAGUGCUGAGUCCAUUUUGGUAGAAGACCCCUGCACUGCCUCACUGCGGAGCGAGAUCGAAGCGGAUGCCCACGGCUUCGAGGCUGAGUCCUGGAGUCUGUCUGUGGACCCGGCGUACGCAAAGGAACAAAAGAAGGAGGUGGUAAAGAGACAGGAUGUGCUUUACGAGCUGAUACAGACGGAGGUACACCACGUGCGGACGCUCAAGAUCAUGCUGAAGGUCUACUCCAGGGCCCUGCAGGAGGAGCUGCAGUUCAGCAGCAAGGCCGUUGGCCACCUCUUCCCGUGCGCAGAUGACCUGCUUGAGAUGCACAGCCACUUUCUCUCUCGACUGAAGGAACGCCGCCAGGAGUCCCUAGAAGAGGGCAGCAACCGGAAUUACAUCAUCCAGGAAAUCGGGGACCUCCUGGUACAGCAGUUUUCAGGCGAAAAUGGAGAAAGAAUGAAAGAAAAAUAUGGUGUCUUUUGUAGUGGACACAGUGAAGCGGUCAGUCAUUACAAAUUGCUGCUGCAGCAAAAUAAGAAAUUUCACAACUUGAUCAAGAAAAUCAGCAACUUUUCCAUCGUGAGACGCCUUGGCGUGCAGGAGUGCAUCCUUCUGGUCACCCAGCGCAUAACCAAGUACCCCGUGCUGGUGGAACGCAUCAUUCAGAACACAGAAGCUGGCUCCAAGGACUACGAGGACCUGACCCAGGCCCUGAACUUCAUCAAAGACAUUAUCUCACAAGUGGACACCAAGGUCAGUGAGUGCGAGAAAGGGCAGCGCCUCAGAGAGAUCGCGGGCAAGAUGGACCUGAAGUCCUCCAGCAAGCUCAAGAACGGGCUGCCCUUCCGCAAGGAGGACAUGCUGCAGCGGCAGCUGCACCUGGAGGGCCCGGUGUGCUGGAGGAGCACGUCGGGGCGCCUGAAAGAUGUCCUUGCCGUCUUAUUGACCGAUGUGCUGUUGCUGCUGCAAGAAAAGGAUCAGAAGUACGUCUUUGCCUCUGUGGACUCAAAGCGCCCCGUCAUCUCACUACAAAAGCUCAUUGUGAGGGAAGUAGCCAACGAGGAAAAGGCCAUGUUUCUGAUCAGCGCCUCCCUGCAAGGGCCUGAGAUGUACCAGAUUCACACCAGUUCCAAAGAAGAGAGAAACACCUGGAUGGCCCAUAUCCGAAUGGCCGUUGAGAGCUGCCCGGAUGAGGAGGAAGGGCCCCUCAUCGAGCCCGAGGAGGAGCGGAAGGUGGUGGAGGCCCGCGCCUUGAGGCUGAGGGACUUCCAAGAGCGACUGAGUAUGAAAGACCAGCAGAUUGCACAGAGCCUCAGGGAGAAGCAGCUGAUCUACCAGGAGAUGGCCAAAAUGACCGGGCUGGAAGACCUGCCUCCUUCCCCCCUCCUCUUCCGCGGAGGGGACCUCUCAGAGAACCUGCAGGGAGAGUGGAUCCUCAAGUCAGCCAUGACUGAGAUUGAGGACAUCCAGAGCCUGAUCUGCAGGGGGCUGGGCGGCACUGGUGGCCGGGGAGCCGAUGAGGAUGCGGCUGUGGGCCUGCACCCGAGGGCAGAGGCUUUUGGAGACUACGAUAGUGCCAGCGACCCCGGCAAGAAUGACAGUUUUAGGAAGAAGGUGUGUAGCGAUGACCUAAGCCCCCGAGACUGGCAAGACCCCGUGAGCAGUCCGGACGUGCAACUCGGUGACACCCCAGGGGCCUCCAAGGAAGAACCGUGGGCGGUGGAGGCACCGGCCACUGAGUCUGGCCCCCGUCUGCCCACUAUCCCAGCAUUGGAGCUUGUCCAGCGAAUCCAGACACUGUCCCAGCUGCUCUUCAGCCUCCAGGUGGUCAUCGCCCAGCAGGACAGCUAUGUGGAGAUGCAGAGGGCCUCCAUCCAGGAGCGCGAGCAGCAGUUCCAGCUGCAGUCCUCACGCGGGAACCUGCUGCUGCAGCAGGAGCGGCAGCGCAACGCCGAGAAGCAGCGAGAGGAGCUGGCGGGUUUGCAGAAGCUGCAGAGUCAGCUGCGGCUAGAGCAGCAGCACUGGGAGCGCCAGCGGGAGCACCAGUUGCAGGAGUUGGACCUGGCCUGGGCCCGCCUGCAGCAGCGCGAGAGCGAGGCAGCGCGGCUGCAGGAGCAGCUGACCCAGGAGCGCGCCGAGCUGGAGCAGCAGCGCCAGGCCUACCAGCACGACCUGGAACGGCUUCGCGAGGCCCAGCGCACUGUGCAGCGCGAGCACGAGCGGCUGGAGCAGCUGCGGAGGCUCAAGAAGCAGAACACGGCGCCUGGGGCACUGCCACCCGAGCUGCCCACAGAGAUGAGCAAGGGAGAGUGCAGCCUGCAGGUCCAGCCCCCAAGCCACCCCCUCAGCUUCAACGGCGAAGGCCUGGAAGGGCCUGAGCGCCCUGAGGUAGCUCGCCGGGACAGCGCCCCGCCUGAGAGCCGGCCGGCCAAGAGCGAUGUGCCUAUCCAGCUGCUCAGCACCACCAACCAGAUCCAGAGGCAGGCGGCCGUGCAGCAGCAGAUCCCCACCAAGCUGGCUGCCUUCACCAAGGGCGGCAAGGACAAGGGCAGCAAGAACAGGGGCUCCCAGCGCAGUGAGAGUUCGGCCUCCUUCGACCUGAAGCAGCAGCUCUUUUUCAGCAAACUCACGGGCAAGGACGAGUGUGCCUCUCGGGGCCACCGCUCACUGAGUCCUGUCCGGCUCAGCAGCCACGGCUCCACACCACCCCCAGAUCUCUCCUGCCAGGCUCCAAGCCCAGGCCCGGCUGACACGUCCCCCGAGUACUUCCCCUCCCUGCCCACGCCACAGCCCCUCACGCCACUCAGCAAGGAGGAAGUCAGCAAGGAAGACGUCAUCUUCUUCUAGGGGAGCACGGCUUGAGCUGCAGAGCCCUCCCUGUCCUGCCUGCCUGCUGUGCUCUCUGGGAAAUCGCCAGCUGCCCCUCUUCCUUGCCCCGCACAUCACCAUGGAUGACUACCUGGCCGGGGUCAGGGUCAGAGUUGGGGCCCACCUGUCGUCUCCAGGGUUUUUCUUGUAGGAUUAACAGUGGUGCCUUUUUUUCUACAAAAAGGAACAUUUUUAAUUGGUUGAACCAGAGCUAACCCAAGGAGCUGUUUUAAAUCGUAGCACCCCAUUUUGGUAGGGAGAGAUCGAUUCCAAGCAAUUUGUCCAAGGUAGUGACAAACUGCUGGUUCUACAUGGAAUCUGAUGACAGACCAGACCUCAGUGUGAGGAGGAGGUGCCGGCGCCACAGCCAUUAGGACAACGCUGGAGCUGGACUGUAUCUUUAGGGCACCAGGAGGGACAGGGAGUGUCGGCUGUGUCUUGGCAGAAUCAAAGCAGUCUACAUGGGUUCCUGGUGAACCUCAAGGCAAGGGCAUGGGCAAGACAAGGGCGGUACAGCCCACCCAGGGCAGGGCCCACAGGGCAGAGUGGCUGGAAAGGAUGGCCAGUGGCACUCAAGGCGAGUUCUUUAGAGUCAGAAGCUCAUCUUGAAAGGAUCUGACUGUAACUCAUGUAAUUUGGUGGGUUUUUUUUAAAACCUGCUUUAGUUAAACUCGGUGCUUUCCCAAGGCACCUCACCAAGUCAGCUUGGUUCUCCAGGGGCUCAGCCUGUGAGGAAGCCAAAUGAAGAAGUUCGGCCAGGGACAGCACACCCCAAAGUCCCAGCCCCAGGCGGAGAGUUCUCAGUCCCCAUGAGAUGGGCUCGUUUUCCCAGGGCCUCCAGGAAGAAACCCGCUGGGCCGGUAUCUGGUGCUGAUGGGCUGGUGCUGGUAUAACACGGAGCAGAGCAGUGGGGCUGCCGUGGGGGUGAAAUGCUAGAAGGAUCACACAUGACCUGGAAACCUCCAUUGGAUAGGUGGCCACCUCAUAGGCUCCUCGCAUCCAGUGAGCUGCUGUAGCUGAUUGUCAGCUUACCCCUGGAAGAGGGCAAGGGCCACCAGUACACCUGCAUGGCUGUAGAUGUUGGGGAUGGUGUCACAUGUCCAGGGAUUGUGAUUGGGCCAGAUCCACAUUCCACCUGUGGCCAAACACAACUUGGGUGCUGGUGUAGGAAAAGGGACACUACACACUUUUUCUGCAUCCCAGGCUCCCUCCACUGGGCCCGGGGCCCAGCACCUCCCAAAGUGGUGCCAGGAGGACUGGGUCCUGGGUUGCCCAGGAGUUGGGGCACCCAGGGUCAAGGUGACACAGCCAGUCAGUGACCAGGAACUGAAAGCAGCAGUUCAGAGCCACUCCUGAGCACAGCCCCCCUGGCGCCUACCCUCAGCUUUGCCUACGGGACCGGCAGCAUCAGCAAGGACCAAAGAGAAAGUGUCCUCCUCUGUCCGCAACACACGUCAGAGCUCAUCUGUGCUGUAUCUGUAAUCAGUGUGUUUUUGUACUGAGACGAAUCAGAGCACUUUAGGAAAUUCUACUUUACUUCCUGUCCUUUUGUGAAGAGAACAUUCCUGGGCCUCAGACACCAGGUCCUCAGACAGUAAGUCCAGAAAAUUCCCCUUGGCCAUGUGAUGUGAAUGGACACUUCCUGCCUCUUGGCUGAGUGGCCUCUAGUCACUGCAGUGAGACGGGUCUUGGGCACAUCCCCUCUGGCCAGUACUCUGUGGUCCCUCCUGGGUGGGGCCCGAUUUUGUUUGUAAAGUUGGCGGCCAAGCACAUUAUUCCUGUGGGAUCUGUGCACAUCUUCAGUGAUUCUGACAUGACCUUAGUCACCCAGUGAUUACUAUGAUUUCAGCUUUCCCUCCUACGGGAUGUUCCAGAACUACCUUAGAACUUAAGACCUGAUUCUAGCAAUAAAAGUGUCUUAAGAUGAGCUGA